AUGGCCUCCAACUCCUACGAGUACGGCAACAAUGGCUUAUUCACAGUCUUCAAGAGCGGCAAGCACAGCUCGCAUCCCGAUUUUGCCAACCUCACCCUUCUCGUCUUCGAGGCCGUCAUGGAAGUCGUUUGCGUGAGCGCGCCCGGCUACAUUGUUGCGCGAAUGGGUCAAUUCGAUGCAGAGAGCCAGAAGUUUCUCGCCAACCUCAACACGCAGCUGUUUACACCCUGCCUUAUUUUUACCAAGCUCGCAUCACAAUUGACGGCGGAGAAGCUGGCUGAUCUUGCUGUCAUUCCUGUAAUCUUUGUCGUACAAACACUCAUCUCCUACAUCGCCGCACUUCUCGUGUCGCGAAUAUGCAGGUUCAACAAGAGAGCGUCCAACUUUGUUGUUGCCAUGGCGGUAUUCGGAAACUCAAACUCGCUUCCAAUCUCUCUCGUUAUCUCGCUCUCCAAAACACUGUCCGGUCUACAUUGGGACAAGGUCCCUGGCGAUAACGACAACGACGUUGGCGCGCGUGGUAUUCUCUACCUCCUUAUCUUCCAACAACUUGGUCAGCUCGUGCGAUGGACAUGGGGCUUCAAUGUGCUUCUGGCACCCGCCAGUGCGUACAAAGAUGAUGACGGUGGCAAGAACAGCGCCAUUGAAAAUGGAGAGUACACAGACGACGAGGCGCAGCGUCUUCUCGAUGACUCGCACUCCGACUACGAAUCUGGCAAUGUUACCAGCUACGCUACUUCUGCAGACUCAGACGAGUCGGACUCAGACUCUCUGUUCAAUCGUGAAGAGGCCCAAGCCACCACCGAUUUCAUCACUCCUACCAACGGUAACGCUACUAUUCCUGGGGCCGGCGAUAUGAGCGGACACAGUAAUGGCAAUGGUCUUGCAAACGGACACCUCAAUGGUGUUCUCGAGGCUCACAAGAAGAAGCAAAAUGUUCCCAAAGGCAUCAAAGGCAUGCCAAAGCGAGCUGGCAUGGCACUUAAGCGCUCUGCAAGCACCGUUUCUGUCUCCACCACACGCGCUGGAAACCGAGUUUUCCAGACCCUACCUACAUGGCUACAGCGACCUCUGGCUAAGAUUGGCUCUGUCUUGUCAAGGUUCUUCAAGGGCGUAUGGGACUUCAUGAACCCUCCUCUAUGGGCCAUGCUGAUUGCUAUCCUCGUCGCCUCUAUCCCUCCCCUACAACAUCUCUUCUUCGAUCCAGGUACAUUUGUCAGCAACUCCGUCACGCGCGCUGUCAACCAAAGUGGACAAGUCGCCGUUCCACUCAUCUUGGUUGUUUUGGGUGCCAACCUUGCUCGUAACACAUUACCCAAGGAAGACCAGCACUCGAUGGAAGACCCGAGCGUGGAGAAGAAGCUUGUGAUUGCCUCACUUGUUAGUCGCAUGCUUAUCCCGACGCUUCUCAUGGCACCCAUGCUAGCCAUGACCGCCAAGUACGUUCCUGUUAGCAUUCUUGACGACCCAAUCUUCAUCAUCGUCUGUUUCUUGCUCAGUGGUGCACCAAGUGCGCUGCAGUUGGCACAAAUCUGCCAAAUCAACAACGUGUACAUGGGCGCCAUGUCAAGGAUUCUGUUUCAGAGUUAUGUUGUUUGGAUCUUGCCAUCGACUCUAUUGUUGGUCAUGCUUGCACUGGAAACGGUGGAGUGGGCCAAAUGA